AUGGAUGGCACGCUGCAGAAUACUAUGCUGGAUGGGGGCGUGGAGGUGGAUAGCGAGUCAUUCUCCAGCGACUCUGGCCUUGGAUCUGAUGUUGGAUCUAUCGAGAGCACAUCACUCGCUUCUUCGAUAUAUGGCUACAGAUAUGAGAACGGCAGACGAUAUCAUGCCUACCGAGAGGGGGCUUAUCUAAUGCCCAACGACGCACAAGAACAAGACCGCCUCGAUCUGCACCAUCAUAUCUAUCGUUUGGGACUGAAUGGUGCUUUGCACCGCGCACCUAUAUCGCCUUACAUCAAACGAGCCCUAGACUUCGGCACCGGGACCGGCAUCUGGGCCAUUGACUUCGCAGACGAGCGACCAAACUGCGAUGUGAUCGGAAGUGAUCUGAGUCCAAUCCAACCAGAAUGGCUUCCCCCAAAUCUAAAGUUCUACGUCGACGACAUCGAAUCCGACUGGACUUGGGCACCUCACGAAGCCUUCGACUACAUCCACGGCCGAGGCAUGGGAGGCAGCGUGGCCGACUGGCCCCUUUUAUACAGUCGAAUCAAGGAGAAUCUCAAGCCAGGCGGAUGGGUGGAGAUGCAGGAGUAUGAAGCGUGGAUCUCGUCAGAAGAUGAUCCGGAGUUGACGAAAGCGCCGAAUGUCAAACAAUGGCAGGAGCUUGUGGAUGAGGCGUCUUCGAGGUUUGGGAAGAGGAUGAAUGUUGCGCAUCUUCAGAAACAGUGGAUUGAGGAGGCGGGCUUUGACGAUGUGACAGACGACAUUGUGAAGAUUCCCAUCGGCCCCUGGGCCAAGCACCGAAAACUCAAGGAAGUUGGCCGCUACCAACGAGAACACAUGAUCGCCUGCGUCGAAGCCUUCACCCUAGCACCCUUGACCCGUGUGCUAGGCUGGAGCGUUGAAGAAGUCCAAGUUUUGAUGGCGGGCAUCCGGAACGAGUUCAGCAAUCCGAAGAUCCAUCUUGUGACGGUAUUUCAUUAUGUAUACGGCAGGAAGCCGAUGAGCUGA